UUUAUAUUGUUGUGUUAUGUUACAGAACUAUUUAUAUUGUUUUGUUCUGUUACAGGACUAUUUAUAUUGUUGUGUCCUGUUACAGGACUAUUUAUAUUGUUGUGUUCUGUUACAGGACUAUUUAUAUUAUUGUGUUCUGUUACAGGACUAUUUAUAUUGUUGUGUUUUGUUACAGGACUAUUUAUAUUGUUGUGUUCUGUUACAGGACUAUUUAUAUUGUUGUGUUCUGUUACAGGGUUAUUUAUAUUAUUGUGUUCUGUUACAGGACUAUUUAUAUUGUUGUGUUCUGACUAUUUAUUUUAUUGUUCUGUUACAGGACUAUUUAUAUUGUUGUGUUCUGUUACAGAACUAUUUAUAUUGUUGUGUUCUGUUACAGGGCUAUUUAUAUUGUUUUGUUCUGUUACAGGACUAAUUAUAUUGUUGUGUUUUGUUACAGGACUAUUUAUAUUGUUGUGUUCUGUUACAGGACUAUUUAUAUUGUUGUGA